CGAUCCUCAAGUCUCCAACUGCAAGCCAUGCGGCUUCUCAAGUGUAUCCUGACCCUUGUGGUCCUCUCCUGUGCGGUAACUCCCUCCUUCACAGCUCCAAGAACUUCCAAAUCGAAACGAACUCCCGAGCCCGUGGAAUCCGUUCCAGCAGUUCAAGAAGACAAAUCGGACAUCAAGGACGUUACUAGAGCAAAGAAACAAACGACGACAUUCUGCGUCGAAAUCAAGGCAGGAAAGCCAGUGAAAACAGAAUGUGAUGAAACCCAACAAGGGAAAAAACCAGAGGCCGUGUUCGUUUUGCCACCGGGAAACCAGCCGAGCGUCUCUUACGUUCAAGUGCCAGUUGUUCACCAGUACCCAGGAAUGCACAUGAAACCGCAACAGCGACCACAACCACUACAGCCAAAUUACACACCAGGAUCAGCACCUGGAUCAGCACCAGGAUCAGCACCUGGAUUAGCACCAGGAUCAGCACCUGGAUCAGCACCAGGAUCAGCACCAGGAUCAGUACCAGGAUCAGCACCAGGAUCAGCACCAGGAUCAGCGCCACAACAGCCCAUUUACAAACCAGGACUAGGACCAGCGCCAGCACCAGGAGCAGGACAACAACCAUCCAAUUAUGGAGCAGCACCAUCAUCACAGCCUGAUUACGAAUCAGUACAACCACCACCGCCUCAUAUAGAGAUAGAUUUCAUCAAUGGAAUUCCAUCAGGCACCAUCCAAUAUCCACCAGGCGCCGUCCAAUAUCCACCAGGCGCAUCUGUCAUAAUUCCAGGUUCACAGGGUCAUAUAAGCUUUCCAGGUUUUUCGAUAACCCCAUCAGGCGUUUCCGGGGGUUCAGGUUUUCCAGCUUCUACAGGUACCUCAGGAUCUCCACCAGGAUGUCCACCCUGCCCUCCAUGCUACUGCCAACAAUCCUCUCCUGUCCAACCGUUGCUCUCGAUCUACAGGAAUGCCCUCGAUGAGCAGGCAGCCAUGUUGAACGCCGCAAUAGAUCCAAGGAUGAUGAUCAUACCUGGGAUGGAUCAGAGGAGUGCUGGUAUGUUAUUAAUACCGGGAAUGGAGCAGAGGAGUGCUGCAACGUCGAUAAUUCCGGGGCUGGAGCAGAGGAAUGCUGAUAUGACGACGAUCCCGGGGAUGGAGCAGAAGAAUGCUAAUAUGGUGAUGAUCCCGGGGAUGGAACAGAGAAAUGCUGAUAUGGUGUUGAUCCCGGGGAUGGAGCAGAAGAAUGCUGGGAUGUUGACUAUUCCAGGGACUGAUCAGAGAGCCUCGGGAACGAUGAUGCCAAUGGAUCAUAUUACCGCAACGAUGGGAACGGCACCAAGUCCCAUGGGAAUAAACAUGAGAACUGCGCAGGCGAUAGACUCCCUUACGGAGACUAUGAAACAAUACCAUAUACCCCAAAUACAGAGGCAAUCUCAAUAUCCUGCUAAUCAGCCUUACUUCGCCAGGUAUGGAUCACCAGAAAUUACAAAUUCUGUUUUGCCUACGGGAAGAUUUGCGAUGAUUCCAGACAUGCAGAACAUGGGCCUAUUGCCGGGAAUGCAAAGAAUAGCGGAUCCAAGGUGCUCCGAAUCUAGCCAUCCUCAACCUCUGGUUGUCGUUCAUCCUCCCCCCGGGCAGAUACAAAGUUUCAAAAAUGAGGGAAGAACCAAGCAGUGGACCCUCAGAUCGGUAGAUCAGGCUGGAGAGAAUUCAGAGUUGCAAACUGAGGUUCUAGGUCCAUCAGCACAAGAAGUAGAAGCUCCUGUGCCGUCAGAGGAAAAGAUUGAACUGAUACCAAGUCAGAUCAUGAAUCAAAUGAGAGCCAAUGCACCUGCGCAACGGAACACCCGGGAGGAGAACUCUGACGCUAACGUUCAGAUGAGCUUCAUCGGACCUGGUGGACAAUCGUAUCUUCUUGGAGCCCCUAAAGGUGAAGUGGGAGAGAAGAGAGACGAACUUACCAAGCGAGAUGUCGAAGCCACUGGGAAUACCGUAGAAUAGUUGAAAUUAAUAUAAUCGUAAAAGUAUCAUUUUUAUAUGAAUUUCUAAUUAAUAAAUAAAUUUUGACAUAAUUGAAGAUUAAA